CCUGCGCCGUGUGCUGAGGAGGCCGGUGAUGUCCGGUGAAAUCCAAGAUGGCGGCGCUAGGCUGAGGGUGCUGCCGGUGAGGGCCCCGGGGCCGGCGGGGGCAGGAUCCAGGAGGUGAAGUAAGUGCCGCCUCCGCCCGCCUGACGCCCCUCGGUGGGACCUCGCCGCCGCGGCCAUGUCUGGGCCCGGCAACAAACGCGCCGCCGGAGAUGGGGGCUCGGGACCCCCAGAAAAGAAGCUGAGCCGCGAGGAGAAGACCACGACCACUCUCAUAGAACCCAUUCGCCUUGGGGGCAUCUCUUCCACGGAAGAGAUGGAUCUGAAGGUACUGCAGUUCAAGAACAAGAAACUAGCAGAGCGGUUGGAACAGCGGCAGGCUUGUGAAGAUGAACUCCGAGAAAGAAUUGAGAAGUUAGAGAAGCGGCAGGCCACAGAUGAUGCCACACUCCUCAUUGUCAACCGCUACUGGGCCCAGCUGGAUGAAACUGUGGAAGCCCUUCUUCGUCGUCAUGAGAGCCAGGGGGAGUUGUCUUCAGGGACAGAGGCACCUGGAACCCAGGAGGGGCCGACACACGAUGGGACCCCUCUCACAGAGCCAGGGACAUCAGAGCUGAGGGAGCCUCUGCCAACGCAGCUGAGACCCCCUCUUAGUGAGUCAGCCUUGGCUUUUGUGGUGGCACUGGGCGCCAGCAGCAGUGAGGAGGUGGAGCUGCAGCUGCAGGGCCGUAUGGAGUUCUCCAAGGCAGCCGUGUCCCGUGUUGUAGAGGCCUCAGACCGUUUGCAGCGCCAGGUGGAAGAACUCUGUCAGCGAGUAUACAGCCGAGGGGACAGUGAGCCCCCCAGUGAGGUGGCUCAGGCACGCACCCGGGAGCUGGGCCGUGAGAACCGGCGGCUACAGGACUUGGCCACCCAACUGCAGGAGAAGCACCACCGUAUCUCGUUAGAGUACUCUGAGCUCCAGGAUAAAGUGACUUCGGCAGAGACCAAGGUGCUGGAGAUGGAGACAACAGUGGAGGACCUGCAGUGGGACAUUGAGAAGCUGCGCAAGCGAGAGCAGAAGCUUAAUAAGCACCUGGCGGAGGCCUUGGAGCAGCUCAACUCUGGCUACUACGUGUCUGGGAGCUCCUCAGGCUUCCAGGGUGGCCAGAUCACACUCAGCAUGCAGAAGUUUGAGAUGCUGAAUGCAGAGUUGGAGGAAAACCAGGAAUUGGCCAACAGCCGCAUGGCAGAACUGGAGAAACUACAGGUGGAACUGCAGGGCGCUGUGCGGACCAAUGAGCGCCUCAAGGUGGCUCUACGGAGUCUUCCAGAAGAGGUAGUGCGAGAGACAGGGGAAUACCGCAUGCUGCAGGCCCAGUUCUCUCUGCUCUAUAAUGAGUCUCUGCAAGUGAAGACCCAGCUGGACGAGGCCCGGGGGCUGCUCCUGGCCACCAAGAACUCCCACCUGAGACACAUCGAGCACAUGGAGAGCGACGAGCUGGGGCUACAGAAGAAGCUGCGCACAGAGGUUAUCCAGCUGGAGGACACGCUGGCCCAGGUACGCAAGGAGUACGAGAUGCUGCGCAUCGAGUUUGAACAGAACCUGGCAGCCAACGAGCAGGCGGGGCCCAUCAACCGAGAGAUGCGCCAUUUGAUCAGCAGCCUCCAAAACCACAACCACCAGCUGAAGGGGGACGCCCAGCGCUAUAAGCGGAAGCUGCGGGAGGUGCAGGCUGAGAUUGGCAAGCUCCGGGCCCAGGCCAGUGGCUCUACCCACUCCAUUCCUAACCUGGGCCAUCCAGAGGACUCUAGCCUCGGUGCCCCAGCCCCAGGGAAAGAAGAGGGUGGGCCAGGCCCUGGUGGUGCCCCUGACGGCAGGAAGGAGAUGACUUCGAUGCCUGGUGCCACCAUAACUGCCUCAUCAGUGAGGAAGGAGGAACUGGUCCCUUCUGAGGAGGAUACCCAGGCCCUAACCCUUGGGGCCCAGGGCCCCUCCUCCCGGGGCCGAGAACCUGAGGGCAGGCCCAAGCGGGAGCUUCGAGAACGGGAAGGGCCUGGCCUUGGACCCCCAUCUGCAGCCUCAGCUCUCUCAAGGGUUGACCGGGAGAAGGCCAAGGUGGAAGAAGCCAAAAGGAAGGAGUCAGAGCUCCUCAAGGGUCUCCGAGCAGAGCUCAAGAAGGCCCAGGAGAGCCAGAAGGAGAUGAAGCUGCUGCUGGAUAUGUACAAGUCAGCACCCAAGGAGCAGAGGGAUAAGGUGCAGCUCAUGGCAGCAGAACGCAAGGCCAAGGCUGAGGUGGAUGAGCUACGGAGCCGCAUCCGGGAAUUGGAGGAGAGGGAUCGGAGGGAGAGCAAGAAGAUCGCGGAUGAGGAUGCCCUGCGGCGCAUUCGGCAGGCGGAGGAGCAGAUAGAGCACUUGCAGCGCAAGUUGGGUGCCACAAAGCAGGAGGAGGAGGCGCUGCUGUCAGAGAUGGAUGUGACAGGUCAGGCUUUUGAGGACAUGCAGGAGCAGAAUGGGCGGCUACUACAGCAGCUACGGGAAAAGGAUGAUGCCAACUUUAAGCUGAUGUCCGAGAGGAUCAAGGCCAACCAGAUUCAUAAGCUCCUGCGGGAGGAGAAGGAUGAGCUGGGUGAGCAGGUUCUUGGCCUCAAGUCCCAGGUAGAUGCCCAGCUGCUGACCGUGCAGAAGCUAGAGGAAAAGGAGCGGGCCUUGCAAGGCAACCUUGGGGGUGUGGAGAAGGAGCUGACACUACGUAGUCAGGCCCUGGAGCUCAACAAGAGGAAGGCUGUGGAAGCAGCCCAGCUGGCUGAAGACCUGAAGGUGCAGCUGGAGCAUGUGCAGACACGGCUACGAGAGAUCCAACCCUGCCUGGCGGAGAGCCGGGCUGCUCGUGAGAAAGAGAGCUUCAACCUCAAGAGGGCUCAGGAGGACAUCUCACGGCUGCGGCGCAAAUUGGAGAAGCAGAGGAAGGUAGAAGUUUAUGCAGAUGCUGAUGAAAUCCUCCAGGAGGAGAUCAAGGAGUACAAGGCGCGGUUGACCUGCCCCUGCUGUAACACCCGCAAGAAGGAUGCAGUGCUUACCAAGUGCUUCCACGUUUUCUGCUUCGAGUGUGUGCGAGGCCGCUAUGAGGCACGCCAGAGGAAGUGCCCCAAGUGCAACGCAGCCUUUGGUGCCCACGACUUCCACCGUGUCUACAUCAGCUGAACCCGUAACUCAGGGGACUUUGGAGCACCUACAGGCCCUGGGGGCUGUGCCCCCAGCCCCUCCCUAUCCCAGUGGAGGCAGAACUUCCCCAGAGGGGAAGGGACAGACCAGCCAUUGGGCCAACUUCCAGUCAUUCCAGGCAGAAGAGCUUCACCCAGCCACCCUGUGACUGAACCUGUACCCAUGAUGCUUCCUGUGCUGCCUGCCCAUGUAGGCCAGGAAGGCAGCACCCAGAAGGGCCUGGGAGGUGGAGCUGCUGAUAGAUGCCGGGGCCUAUUUGGACCUACAGCCCCUACACUACAGAGAUGUCUUGUAUAGGCUGGUAAUCGUUAUAAAUAAAUGUCCAACCCUCGGCCUACAGUCGGCAUAGCCAGUCAUCCUCCCCUGAACGUGGUGCCCACUUUUUAGCCACUACACCUGCCCCUGGUAUGAGACCCGCUCCUGGCCACUCCAAAAUCCUGGUUGUGCUUAGGCUUAAGGGCUAUCAGGGAUCCCUACCCCAUACUGGGCCUGUGCAGGAGGGGCAGCGCACCCAUCUUGCUUUCAGGCAGAGGGUUUUAGGCAGCCAGGUUUGGCUUCAGGAGUCAGCUUCCUCGGGCCGGCUUGCCACUCCCCUGGCAGUCAUUGGCCAUUGGCAUGCCGUUUUCGUGUUGGGAGAUUCCCGGAGGCCUCCAGCUGCAUCCUGGGAAAUGUAGUGCCUUAUUCGCACAUGGCGAGAAGGCAUUCCGAAGGGGGCACGCUGUUACUUGGCUGUGCAGGCCAAAGGCGGCACUGGACCUAACGCCCCCUCAAAUGGACAGACUAGGACAUCUCAGGGGAGUGACUUCCUUCAUUGCAGCUUGUGCUGGCCCUUGGCCAUGUCCUCGGAAACCAGGCGCCUCGGUUCAGCGCGCUGUCUGGGCCUCGGAUGGAUCUUUCACGGAAGCUAUACUGGAACUCGCGCUGACCGGGGUUGGUGUCGGAGCUGGAGUCGGGGCCAUGGCCACAGUGGCGACCGCGGGCUUAUCAGCUGACGGGCUUUCGCGGGAGCCCGCGGCCCUGUCAGUGGUUGCGCCUUCACGGAGACUCGCGGCCUUGUCCGCUUUCGGGCCCCGCCUGGUGGCCGGGGCUUCGGCGGGACCGUAGCGGCUGGACCAGGUCGGAUCGGAGACAGAGAGGCGGGCUACUGUGGCCCCGGGCGAGGUCGCGGGGCUGGCGGCGGAAGGCACGCUCGCGGAAGCACGGGCCGCCGCGGGGGACGGCAUCAGGCCGCCGAAGAAGUAUCCGUGGCCCGGGGGCAGCGGAAGCAAGGGUAGGAAGAACGCAGGAUAUUGCAUCAUAGAGACACGGCCACCUGCGCCCUCUAGAGAGAUCCUGGCGCGGUGAGGAGAGCUACACCCAGGGCGCUGGCGGAGGUCAACCAAUCUUCUGCGAGCGCUAUCCUUUUUCCCAGGCGUCACCUCCGCAUGGGCUUCUUUCCCAGUAAAUGCAAGUAACUGCAUAUUGCCUUCUCAGACAUCUCCCCUAAUGGUCAGUUUAUCAAAAAGAGCUAAAAAGUCUUUGUGAGUGCUCAUAUCUAAUAAUAGAUGAGGUGUCAAACUACUUUCUCAGACUCUCUGACCGCUAAAAAUGUGAGAGAAAGAUCCCCAGCGUGGGGGAGCAAGCACGGAUGGCCCUAGGAGGAACAGAGUAAACUCAAUAAACCGUUUGCCACGAGCCUGUCCAAUUUUGGGAAGAUCGGCCUUAGGGCUGGUUGGGCCCCUCCCCUUCCAACCUCCAGUAAUGCCCAGGGUAUCUGGUGGCUAUGAUACCCUGGGCCUCUGGGAUGGGCAGGCCAAAACUGCCUGGACCAACCCUGACCUUGACUAACCUCCUGGGGGAGAGCAGAUGUUGGCCUCAGUGGUGAAGGUGCCUGUUUCCACCAGAACUAGGGCUCCUGUCUGUGACUGGCCACAGGGUUCAGUGAAGCAUUUGACACUGGCCACUCUUCUUGAAAGGCUUCCCUUGAGUCCUGUAGCACUAUGCUCUCCUGGUUUCCCUCCUACUCCCCAGCUGCUAGCAGCUCCUCACUAACUUUGCUGAUUGUUUUCCUCUUCUCCUAGGCUAGGCCCUCUCGUUUACACUCUGCCACUCUCCCUGGGUGUGUUUAUCCAUGGCCAUGGCUACAGCUAAACUGCUAAGGCUCAACUCCAGCCUAGUUCUCCCUCCUGAGCGCCAGACCAAGAAAAUCACCAAUUGUGGAGGGAAACAGGAUCAUGUCACCCUCCUUCAAAUCCCGCAAUAGCGCCCCAUCCCCAAGCUCCUAAAAUGAGACUCUCAGCACACUCUGCUAUAUCUAGCUUUACCUUCUCUCGAGCCCUGCCCCCUAUACUCUUCAGACCACAGCCAACUAACACACCGUUAAUUCUCCCCAGCCUCUCCACAUGCUAUUCCCUUUUCUUGCAAACCUCAUCCCUUGAGGUCUUGAUCAGAGAGGCACAAGGAAGGUGGGCAGAUA